GGCUCGCGUCGCGACCCGGGGGACCAGAGCGAAUUGCCCGCGUCCCCUUGGUCCGCGCUCCUCCUCGGCCCACGCGCGCCCUCCACGAGCUUUCUCCGUGGGAACCCGGGCGCCGGCGCCUCUGCUGUGCCCUCCCAGGGGCCGGGGCAGGUGGCAUCUCCUCGGGGCCAGUUUGUCCCCAGGCCAUCAGCGAUCGAAAGCGAAAGGAACUGCGUUCUGUGUGCUCGAGUAGCUGGAUCAAAGAAGACUGGAAACAUGUCGGAGUUUUGGUUAAUUUCUGCCCCAGGAGAUAAGGAAAAUUUACAAGCCCUGGAGAGGAUGAACAGAGUAACCUCCAAGUCUAACCUGUCUUAUAACACCAAAUUCACAAUUCCUGACUUCAAGGUGGGGACCUUGGAUUCCCUUGUCGGCCUCUCUGAUGAGCUGGCGAAGCUUGAUAUCUUUGCUGAAAGUCUCAUAAGGAGAAUGGCCCAGAGCGUGGUGGAAGUGAUGGAAGAUGCCAAGGGAAAGGUCCAGGAGAACCUUCUGGCCAAUGGAGGUUUGAAAGAAAAAAUGAAGUAUUUAAAGAUUGACCUCAUGUCCUUUGUGACCCACUUCGAAUGGGACAUGGCCAAGUAUCCUGCGAAGCAGCCGCUGGUGAGCGUGGUGGACACUCUGGCAAAGCAACUGGCACAGAUCGAGACAGACCUAAAGUCCCGAACAGCUGCCUACAACACUCUGAAGACAAACCUAGAGAAUCUGGAGAAGAAAUCCAUGGGAAACCUCUUCACUCGGACCCUGAGCGACAUUGUGAGCAAGGAAGACUUCGUGCUGGAUUCCGAGUACCUGAUCACACUGCUGGUCAUUGUCCCCAAGCCAAGUUACGUACAAUGGCAAAAAACCUAUGAAUCCCUCUCAGACAUGGUGGUCCCACGGUCAACCAAGUUGAUCGCUGAGGACAAGGAAGGCGGCCUCUUCACCGUGACUCUGUUUCGAAAAGUGAUCGAUGAUUUCAAAACCAAAGCCAAAGAGAAUAAGUUCACGGUACGAGAAUUUUACUAUGAUGAAAAAGAAAUCAAAAGGGAAAGGGAAGAGAUGACCCGAUUGCUGUCGGAUAAGAAGCAACAAUAUCAAACUUCCUGUGUUGCUCUUAAAAAGGGAUCAUCCACCUUCCCGGACCACAAGGUUAAGGUAACCCCGCUAGGGAACCCCGAUAGGCCUGCUGCGGGGCAGAGCGACAGAGAGAGAGAGAGUGAGGGCGAGGGUGAGGGCCCGCUGCUGCGAUGGCUCAAGGUCAACUUCAGUGAAGCCUUUAUUGCCUGGAUCCACAUCAAGGCGCUGAGAGUGUUUGUGGAAUCUGUGCUCAGGUAUGGACUGCCAGUGAACUUCCAGGCGGUUCUCCUGAGGCCUCAUAAGAAGUCGUGCACCAAACGUUUACGAGAGGUUCUGAACUCCGUCUUUAGGCAUCUGGAUGAAGUUGCAGCUGCAAGUAUAUUGGAUGCAUCCGUGGAGAUCCCUGGACUCCAACUCAGCAACCAAGACUACUUUCCUUACGUCUACUUCCACAUCGACCUUAGUCUUCUCGACUAGAAAGAUGGGCUGGUACCGCUAAACUUGAGUAUUCGUGCGAACCACUACAGACGCUGCUUUCCUCUAGCCCAAGAACAAUUUAAGUAUC